CUCAGUUAUUAAAGUUCAGAGCAAUCACGCCAGUGAUCGAAAUGGCACGUCUUGUUUGGCUCGCUUUCCUGUCUGCGACCCUAACGUUAUCCCACGGAAACGAUCGGCCCAACUUCGUCUUCUUCGUGGCCGACGACUUGGGAAUCGGCGAUGUCGGCUGCUUCGGAAACGACACGAUCCGAACUCCAAAUAUCGACAGUAUAGCUGCUAAGGGAGCAAAGUUGACUCAGGAUCUGGCUGCUGCACCUGUCUGUACCCCCAGCAGAGCAGCAUUCCUUACGGGACGAUAUCCUAUCAGAUAUGGAAUGGUUGGAAUGGACGGACCGGUGACGCUUGUACGGUUGGCCACCCCAACUGGGUUACCGCGGUCAGAGGUCACUUUCCCCCAACUGGCAAAGGAUCAUGGGUAUCGAACGGCAUUGAUAGGAAAAUGGCAUCUUGGGAUGAACUGCGUGUGGGCAGGAGACCACUGUCAACACCCCAAUAAGUUCGGUUUCGACUAUUAUUACGGACCGCUCUAUGGUAACGGUCCGGGCUGUCACCCAGAUGCGGAAUCAUUUUUUGGACCGCGAAUUGCUCAAAUAAUUUACAGUCGUUUACACUUGUGGGAGAUUUCGACGUCAAUCUUUGUUGCCAUCUUGGCACUCAAAUACUUCAAGUACAUUCAGUGGAAAACGGUGUUUCUGUUGUCCGUAUUUGGUUGGUCACUUGCGGCCUAUCCGUACGUAGUCCUGACCAAGGGCGUGAGACGUCUAAAUUGCGUCAUGAUGAGAGAUGGCGAUAUCAUAGAAAUGCCGUUCGAUAUCUCCACGAUGACGCCCAGAAUGACACUUGAAGCCGUCAAGUUUCUCGAAGAAAGCAAAACCAAAAACGAACCUUUCUUGUUGGAAGUCUCUUUCUCCAACGUGCACACUGCGCUAUUUCCUUAUAAGGAAUUCCGCGGGAAAAGUCGACACGGUCUCUAUGGCGACAGCGUGGAGGAGAUGGAUUGGAGCGUCGGGGUUGUCAUGGCAACCUUAGAACGGCUCGGUCUGACGGACAACACGUUUGUGUACUUCACGUCUGAUAACGGCGGCCAUAUUGAAAGUGGGGACGACGGAGGGUCGAACGGGAUAUACAAAGGAGGCAAAGGCCAGGCAGCUUCUGAGGGGGGAAUCCGUAUGCCUACAAUUGUGCAGUGGCCGAGGAAGAUCAAGCCCGGUACCAUAGUGUCGGAGGCCACGAGUCAGAUGGACAUUUUCCCCACCGUAGCAGACAUCAUCGGGGCCCCACUUCCCCAGGAUAGGGUGAUGGACGGGCGGAACAUCCUCCCGUUGCUAGGCGGGGCCGAGGUGACGUCACCACAUGACUUCCUGUUUCACUACUGUGAUGAAUAUGUACACGCUGUAAGGUACAGGCCCAAGGAAGGAAAUGUGACAUGGAAAGCCCACUUUGUUUCCUACAACUGGGACCCCGGUACUACAGGCUGCUACACUACGUUCAUCUGCCGGUGCGGAGGUCCGGAAGUCACGUACAACGAUCCGCCAUUGUUGUAUGACGUCACCAACGACCCCGCUGAAGAUCGACCAAUCAGCGCCGUCUCUGACCCUCGAUACGCUGUAGUCAUCGACGUCAUCAAAAAGGCUGUGGAAGAGCAGAACGAGUCUCUGACUGAUGUUAAAAAACAGUUUGGGAUAUCAAAUUUCAUCCCUCUCCCAUGGUUACAGGAAUGUUGUAACUUUCCUUUCUGUGAUUGUCAGGAGGAUGUCGAUUUGUCUUCUCUUCAGAUUGGUGGCUAA